GAACUGUACUUCGACCUUAUAUAAUUCUCAGAAAGGCAAGAUCUGGACUACGAAUGAGUCACCUGCUAAUUACACCAAUGGCUGCUCCUGCCUUGACCAGUCACAGAGUAUCACCCUAUCUCAAUUUCCUUUGGCUUCAAAGAUCUCUCACCAUAUUUUGGGAAGUUAUGGAUCAUCACAUUCCCAUGCAUGCUUUGCCUGAAGAAAUCCAAAAGAUGUUGCCUGAAGAAAAAAUUUGUAAGUACUGUGGAGUCAGCUAUCUAAUUCUUCAUGAAUUUAAGGCUAUGGAAGAAAAAGUGCAAACAAUGGAAAAGAUGAAAUUUUAUCAAGGAAGUGUAGAUCGUGAAAAGAGACUUCAAGAAAAACUGCAUUCUCUUAGCCAAGAACUUGAACAGUACAAAAUUGACAACAAAUCCAAAACAGAAAGAAUUUACGAUGUAGACAUUCAGUUAAAAAGUCAACAAAAUGAAUUUCAGAAAGUAAAGAAACAACUGAGUCAUUUGCAAGAUGAGCUAAAGAUUAAAUAUAGACAAUCAUACAUCUUCAGUCAAAGAUUGUCAGACUACAAAUAUUUCUGGAAUAAGACUCUUUCAUUACUUACUUUUACUAAAAGGGAGCUAACCAGUAUUAAAAAUGAAGUAUAUGAUAAUUACCAAAACUGGACUUCAUUGAAAGGAGAAAUUUUUCUACAAAUUAAAUCUAUAAGUGAAACAGCCUUGACAGAAAUAGACAUACUGAAUAAAAGUUUGACAGUGUCCCAGAGAAAUAAAGUAUGCCUUGAAAAGGAAAUGAAAAAUCUGAAAUUGUUGUCAGAUGCAGCCAUAUUGAGAUCUCAGCAGAUUCAGACAUCUAGACAACAGGAAGUAAACUUGCAAACCAGAUGCUAUGAUUUGCAAAAACAAGUACUAGAUUUACAAUGUCUAGUAGAGGCACUUGGAUUAAAACUUCAGAAGGCGGUGACAGAGAUGGACAACUAUAAAGAAAUGCUUAUGAAUAAAUCUAAUGAAGCUGAUGACUGUCAAAGAGAACUUAAAAAACUGAAGUUUGAAUCCAUUAUUUCUGAGUCACAGCAUACUAUGCUGCUUAAGGAAAAAGAAGACUCUUUAAUGACUUGUCAACAGAUAUAUAAAGCAUUACAGGAAGAGCUGACUGCGAAAGAAAAGCAAGAAGAAGACAUAAAGAGAAGAAUUAACCUUGCAGAAAAUGAACUGGAGAUAACCAAAACUCUUCUGAAUCAGACAAGGGAAGAGGUUUUAACACUGAAAAAUGAAAGGGAAUUGAUGCUGAUUUCACAUCAGAAAAGCAUCGAGCAGCUGCAAGAAACCCUUAGACAGAAGCUGCUGAGUGAUGAUAACUGGAAGGAGAAGAUUGAAGCAGAACUUGCCAAGGAAAGGGCCCAACACUUGGUUGAAUUUGAAGAGCAAGCUCUUCUCUUUAAGGAAGAAACAAAAUUGCAACUUAAUAUUGAAAAAGAAAAACACCAAGAUGUAAUCCAAAAGUAUAAGAAAGAACAAGAGGAACUACAAAUGAAGAUAUCUGACUUAAUCACAGACGCUACAAGAGAUCUAAAGCAGGAAGUGACCGCUCUUAAAGAAAAACUUCACAAAUCUCAUAUUCAGUACACUGAAGAAUCUAAGUCAAAGGAUAAAGAAAUUGAAAAUCUUAAAAAUUUGGUUGCAGAAUUUGAAUUUCGCUUGAAGAAGGAAAUUGACAGUAAUGAUUCAGUUUCAGAAGACUUGAGGAAGGAAAUGAAACGGAAGUCAGAUGAACUGAAAAGAGUAAUGCUGGCUCAAACACAACUGAUAAAGCAAUUUAACCAGUCCCAGGAAGAGAAUACUUUUCUUCAGGAGACAGUGCGUAGAGAAUGUGAAGAACGCUUUGAACUGACAGAGGCUUUGAGUCAAGCCAGAGAACAGCUCCUGGAGCUCAAGACUGGCAUCCCUUGUAAUGAAUGGCCUUUGACAAGAGAGCACAACAUCAUUGAAGAAUGGCACUGGGUGGAUCUUAGAAGUCACCUCAACUGUAAUUUUACGGAUAAGGAAUAGAUGCCCAAAGAGAAUGUGACUUGGCUAAAGUAGUACAGCUAGUUAGUAACAACUAGAACCAGAACCACAAUCACCUGACCCAAGACUUUCCACCUCACUGGAGCUUCCCAAGCCUCCAUCAUGACCUUUGUCAAUAGCACCUACACUAUAUGUAGUUUAUAUUUUUCCUUAAAUGCACUUACUUUUUAACCGGAAAUUUAUGUAAAAAGUAAAUUUGACUCAAGGAGAAGUAGCUAUAAUGAGUUUGAUUCACUGUUUUUUUCUUAUAUACUUUGAAAUAAAUGUGUAUCUAAGAAAUGUUGGCUGGGCACGGUGGCUCCACGCUUAUAAUCCCAGCACUUAGAAAGACCAAGACGGGAGGAUUGCUUGAGCCCAGGAGUUGGAGAUCAGCCUGGGCAACAUAAGGAGACCUUGUCUCUACAACAAAUAAUAAUGAAAAUUAGCCAGGCAUAGUGGUGCUUGCCUGUAGUCCUAGCCACUUGGGAGGGUAAGCUGGGAGGAUCCCUGGAGCCCAGGUGGUCAAGUUUGUAGUGAGCCAUGAUUGUGCCACUGCCAUCCAGCCUGGGCAAUAGAGUGAGACCCUAUCUCAAAACAACAACAACAACAAAAAGUGUUACUUGGUGCACCCUCUAAAAUCAUCUUGUAUAAUGCCAACAUGUGACCACUGCACUGGACCUUAGGGUCUCUGAUCUGUUAUUUGCAUGUUUAAAUUAUGAGUACUCAUGACAUAAGGAAAAUGGCAAAAUCUAGUGAAAACUUUAGUGAAAGCACAAGAGAUUAUUGUGUGCAACAGUCUUUGUUAUAGGGUUAUACAUGCUUUUUACAGUCUUGCAAUUUCAGCUCAUGGAGAUACAGUGGGUCUGUAUCUUCAGGAACCAUGGGGAUAAAGUAGGUUUCUUCAUUUUUUCUAAAUUAUGAACAUAUUUAGAUUUGUAAAGUCACACAUAAGCUUUUCUAAUGGUGAUGUAGACUAUUACUGCAAAACCUGAUUUCUCAGCUUGCUAUUACAUUUUUGCCUUGUGAGUACUUCUGUAAAUAAUCACUCUGAGAAUAGAAUCAUGAUCUGCAAUGAGGUUGUAUUAUACUCCACAAAUAUAUCAGAGAAGUAAUUCCAUGAAUAAACAGAAAGGUCAUAUUAACAUUUAUUUCAACCUAGACCAUUUGAAUGGUGAAGACUAAGCUAUGCUGCCUUUAAAGAAAGACAUCUUUAACACCAAAAAAAAUAGCAUUAUAGUAUGUAACCUACAGGUUAGGAACACAUUCAAACUUUUCUUGAUUUUCUCAUUGAUAAAUAAGUUCCUGGCAUGAGACAGUUAUAAGGAAUCUUAGGAAAGUAGUGAGUAGGAUGAAAAAAUAAGGCUCCAAAUGCAUAUAAUGGAUAUUUAGUCUAAUACUUUUAAUUUCUCCAUGGACUGAUGUUUGCCAUGACUUGCCAUGAAAGGAUUUAUAGGUGUUAAGGGAAAAGAUAUCAAAGAAAAUAUUCCUUAGAGAAGUAUAACCCUCUGGUUUUCUUCUUAAACUGGUAUUCAUGGACAAAGAUGGUGAAUUCUUCUAAGUUAACAUAGAAUUCUCAAACGAUUUUUAGAAGUCUUAUUGAAUUAAAUUACUAUAUUUGUAGUUGGUCAGAACUACUUAAAAGUCACAUUUUCUGGUAAGGGAAUUGACUGAAAGUGACAUUAACACAAAAUUAUGUAAGACUAAGAUAUUUUAAUGUUCUGUUAGUCUGAAAGUUUUUGUCAUAUUUAAGAUCAAUUAUUGCUAAUUUAUUUGAUUAUGGAGCUAGCUUUCUCAAGUUUUAUCUUUUUAAAUUCUUAUGACUCUUACACUAUUGCACUAAUAGAUCAACCUAGUAUCCUAAAAGAGGUAACACACUACAGCUGAAAAUGUUUAACCAUUGCGUUGUGGCUUUUGGAGCACAGGAAAUCAAUUUGGUAUGUGCUCAAAAUUUACAAAUGCUAUCGUGACUAUAGAUUAUUAACCUUUUUUAUUUUCAUGUUUUAGGAAAAUAAUGUAGACCAUCUCUUGCAAAGGACACCUUUAAUGGUCCCCAAAUCAUGAUAGACAAUUAUGGUAUCAUUGCAAGGGUGGUAUCAAUGGUAUUUUGAGAAAGAAUUUGACUUUUGUGCUUGAAAAUAUUAACCCUGUGUAAUAAUACGUUGUGAAGCCAAUACUAUUGUGUUGCAUUUUUAGAAUAUUAAAUAUAAAUUAUAUCAUC